CUCAUGCUGCACUGACUGCUGUGCUCGUCAAAAGACUGAUACCCUUUUACAAUUGGAACUUGAAAGUGAAACCAAAUUGUCUAAGCUGUUGUUCCAUGAGUCUGUGAAAGCUAUGGCAUCUAAAUGGUUCUCCGAAGAGGAUUUAUCUUGUCCUGUGUGCUGUGACAUCUUCAAGGAUCCUGUUGUCCUCUCCUGUAGUCACAGCAUCUGUAAAGUUUGUCUGCAGCAGUUCUGGGACACCAAAGGAUCCAGAGAAUGUCCUGUCUGCAGGAGAAAGUCAAAUGACAAUCCUCCGCUUAACCUGCAUUUAAGAAACCUGUGUGAGACCUUCUUACAGGAGAGACGUCAGAGAGCUGCAGCAGGGUCUGAGGUGCUCUGCAGUCUGCACAGUGAGAAACUCAAACUCUUCUGUCAGGAGGAUAAACAGGUUGUGUGUCUGGUGUGUCAGACCUCAAAACUACACAGAGGCCACAACUUCAGUCCCAUCAAUGAAGCUGCACUUGACAUUAAGGAGGAACUGAAGAUCAAACUGGUGUACCUGCAAGAGAAACUGAAAACAUUCGAAGAGGUUAAACUCAUCUGUGACCAAACAACAGCUCACAUACAGACUCAGGUUUUCAACACAGAGAAACAGAUCAAGGAGGAGUUUGAGAAGCUUCACCAGUUUCUACGAGAUGAAGAGGCAGCCAGGAUAGCUGCACUGAGGGAUGAAGAGAGGAGGAAGAGUCAGAUGAUGAAGGAGAAUAUUGAGAAGAUGAGCAGAGAGGUCUCAUCUCUUUCAGACACA